UUGUGAAAUGUGAAGCGCAAACAACUACCCACCUCCAUUUUCUUCCCUCGAACUAGAAUACAAAAGCAAAUUAAUAGUUCGUGCUCUCUCUCUCUCUCUCUCUCUAUUUCCAUCCUACUCCCCUCCCCGCAAAAUCCAUACCCGUUCUGCUUCUCUCUCUGUCUCUCGCUUGCUACAAACCUCUGCGCAAGAAAAGCCAGCAAGGAUAGAGGAAAUAAAAGAGACAAAAAAGUUGAUGAUAGGCACAUCUUACCCUCCAAAGACCUUCCUUGAAUCCAACUCUACUCCACAUUCAGUCCCAAAUCCAGGUCUUGCCAAAGACGCCUCCGAAAAAAUUCCAAUAAAAAUUAGCCAAAUAAAUUUCGACGAAGAAAAAAAGUGGAAAAAGACUCUGUCUUGCCCACCAAAUAAUUUCCCUAAAUAUGACUGAUGUACUCCAAUCUCCAUCUCACUUCCCUUCGCCUUCAAGCUCUUCCACACCGAAUGAUGGGUCACACCCUCGUGCCCUUAUUAACAGUCCUACCAUAGAGGACCAUUCGGAUAUAGAGGAGGGAGAGGAAGGUGUUGGAGGAGGAGACAGGAAAAGGAAGGAAAGGGACAGAGAGGGAGAUCAGCUGUCUCUUUUAGCACUUUUGGUGGCUGCUUUUAGGAAGUCUUUGAUUGGGUGUAGCACUGCUGGGUCAGGGAAGCUCUCUUCCAUGGAGAUUGGGUGGCCUUCCGAAGUCAGGCAUGUUGCCCAUGUCACGUUUGAUCGCUUCCAUGGUUUUCUUGGUUUGCCUGUUGAGUUUGAACCUGAGGUCCCCAGAAGGGUCCCUAGUGCCAGUGCAAAUGUUUUUGGGGUUUCAACGGAAUCUAUGCAGCUUUCAUUUGAUGCAAGAGGAAAUAGUGUGCCAACAAUAUUGCUGAUGAUGCAAAGGCGAUUGUAUGCACAAGGGGGCUUGCAGGCGGAAGGAAUCUUCAGAAUUAAUGCUGAGAACAGUCAGGAGGAGUAUGUUAGGGACCAAUUAAAUCGAGGUGUGAUACCAGAUAACAUUGAUGAACACUGCCUGGCCGGUCUUAUAAAGGCUUGGUUUAGAGAGCUCCCAUCUGGUGUUUUGGACUCCCUCUCACCAGAACAGGUGAUGCAAUCCCAGUCAGAAGAGGAGUGUGCUCAGCUUGUGCGACUACUUCCACCAACAGAAGCUGAUCUGCUGGAUUGGGCGAUAAACCUAAUGGCAGAUGUCGCACAACUGGAACACUCGAACAAGAUGAAUGCUCGCAAUAUUGCCAUGGUAUUUGCACCGAACAUGACUCAGAUGGCAGACCCUUUGACUGCAUUGAUGUAUGCAGUCCAGGUGAUGAACUUUCUCAAAACUCUUAUUGUUACGACGCUAAGAGAAAGAGAAGAAUCUGUGGUAGAGUCAACUCCUAAUUCACACCUGGAGCCUUCUGAUGAGGAUGGAUAUCAAAGCUCUUCAGAACUUUGUAUUCAGGGACCCAAAGAGGAGGAAAACAGUGUUGAAGAGAAAUCCUUUGCUGCUGAAGACCCGGCAUUAGAGAGCCCUGGUCACUCAAUUCAAGGUGACACUACAAUUGAACGUGGAGCAAGAAAUUUCCUCCAUUCUAGUGAAAUUGUCACUCCUGGGGGGAAUCAGUCUCUGGUUGAUAACUGUCCCUGUGAGGUUGUUUCUCAAGUGAAUUCAUCCUUUGUAAGCGGACUGGAAGAGGGUGGUUCAACAAAGCCGAGUGGAGGGGUUCCAAAAAAUAUUUCCAAGAGCAAAACUGGCCAAUCAAGUAUUUCAAGUAUCAAGAAGGGAUCCAAAAAAGUCAACGAAUGCGUCAUGUCUCGUGCACCAAGACCUGCAGAGAAAACCAAGGGGCAAGGAAUUGUUGGGCGUAUAAACUCAAGGACGGAGCUGUUUGAAGCCUGGCGUUGAAGGGGGCUUUUGAUUGCUGUUUCUGGUGGGAUUGGGGGGUGGGGUUGGGAUGGCCAGCGGGUAAAACCAGUUGGGGAUAUUGCAUUUUCCACCUGUGGAAAAAAUGUGUAUGAUUUUCAUGUGUGCUUUUUACAAUGUGCUUCUGAGUGGGGGGUGGUGGGUGUCUUUGAACUUUUCUUGCUUCUUUAACUUGUCCUUAACCAGUUCUAACAUCUUUGUGUUUCCA